AAAACAAAUCAGCAUUUUUAAUGAAGCAGAAUGUCAAAGGAGUCAUUUAGAUUUUAUAUUAUUAUAAUAAUUUGCAAUUCUUACGAUCCCUUAGAUUUGCUCUGCCACCCCACAGAGGCCCGCCCCCCUCAGCUUGGAAACCACUAAUUAAAAUGAUAAUCCCUCAUUAAAACUGUAAGAUUAAUCUUCUUCUGUUUCAGCCCCAGAAUCAUGCUUUCAGCACUAAUCUACACAUCAUUUUUCGAGCUUUCCUUUUUUUUCAGUUUAAAAAAAGGCCCCCGAGGACGUUUAACUUUAUUGACACUCUGGGACCAUCUGUCCAUCAGCCAUCAGCCAAAUCUGUUCCACUGUGCGCGGCUCUGGCACUAAUUCAGCCGAAAACGGGGCCACAUGUGAACAGGGUUCCCUUAAUGCGCACGGAUCCUCCCCUUCCAAAAUAAAACCACGGAGCUUUUAACUUUCCCUCCGCUGCCACGUCCGGGUCGCGGCGGGAUUAGGGGUCUGGAUGUGGAGCAGCGGUUGCAUAAUUAACUCCGAGUUAUUCCUCAAUCGCGCCGGAUCCUCCCGACCAGGAGAAGUGGCACAACGUGGGCGGCGCGUCGAGGAGACGGUCGGUCUGCGGCACCGCGUCGGGACGAGAGGAAGAAGAAGAAGAAGAAGAGGAGGAGGAGGUGGAGAGGCGCUGGAUCCGAGGCUCUGGGUGACAGAGCCACGCGUGGAACAGAAAGAGGAGUCCUGGUCCGGUGCCAGAGCUGAAGGGUAACGGCUGCGUCCGAGGCGGUUUGGUGCGCAACGCUCCAAGGUGGAUUCUGUUUCCAGUCCGGUAACACAAACCGACCCGCACGGCGCAUCACCUGAACACCGGCUCCGACGUCCACUGCGUUAAAUCCUCUUCAUUAACGGAACAGGAGCUCCUCUACCAACCGGACAGCUCGGUGUUUGGAUUUUUCUAUCGCGACUUUUUUCCUCUUUCUUCUACAUUUUAACUCCCAAUCUCAAGGGAGGGAGCAGCAGACAAAAAAGAGAAGAAGAACGAACACUCUAUUCAAGUCAUAUUUACUGACAGAGAAUUAUGUGAAGAUUUAAAGAUCUGGAAAUGCGGCGCAAAUGCUUUUAUGUGCUCGAGGUGUGUGCCAUCGUAAGCCUCCUGCCGUCGGCCUCUUUAGCGGAUCUGACAUGUGAAGCUCUGCUCAUGCUGUCGGGGAAUGUCUCAUUACAGUCCUUGGCCGCCUCCUGGAACCAAACCCUGAGCAACGCCACGAGCCAGUGGAGCGGCUCGGGAAUCUACUGCGACACCUCCAUCGACGGCAUUGGCACCUGCUGGCCCAGGAGCAGCGCCGGCCAGAUGGUGUCGCGACCCUGUCCCGAGAUGUUUUACGGUGUCCGGUACAACACCACGAAUAACGUCUACAGGAAGUGUCUGGCCAACGGGACCUGGGCGCUGAAGGGGAACUACUCCAUGUGUAAGGCCAUCCUUCACGAGGAGAAAAAAGGCAAGAUGCACUACCAAAUCGCCGUGAUCAUAAACUUCCUGGGUCACUGCAUCUCCAUGGUGGCUCUGCUCGUCGCCUUCUUCCUCUUCUUGUGCUUGAGGAGCAUCCGCUGCCUGAGAAACAUCAUCCACUGGAACCUCAUCACCGCCUUCAUCCUGAGAAACGCCACCUGGUUCAUCGUCCAAAUGACCAUGAGCCCCGAAGUGCACGAAAGUAACGUGAUUUGGUGUCGCCUCGUCACCGCCUCCUUCAACUAUUUCCACUCCACCAACUUCUUCUGGAUGUUCGGAGAAGGCUGCUACCUCCACACCGCCAUCGUCCUCACCUACUCCACCGACAAGCUCCGAAAGUGGAUGUUCAUCUGCAUCGGCUGGUGUAUACCGUUCCCCAUAAUCGUGGCGUGGGCCAUCGGAAAGCUGUACUACGACAACGAGAAGUGCUGGUUCGGGAAGCGAGCCGGCGUCUACACCGACUACAUCUACCAGGGGCCCAUGAUCCUGGUGCUGGUGAUCAACUUCAUUUUCCUCUUCAACAUCGUGAGAAUCCUGAUGACCAAACUUCGAGCCUCGACCACCUCAGAGACCAUCCAGUACAGGAAAGCCGUGAAGGCCACGCUGGUGCUGCUUCCUCUGCUGGGAAUCACCUACAUGCUGUUUUUCGUGAACCCGGGCGAAGACGAGAUCUCUCAGAUCGUCUUCAUUUACUUCAACUCCUUCCUGGAGUCCUUCCAGGGCUUCUUUGUGUCGGUGUUUUACUGCUUCCUAAACAGCGAGGUGCGCUCGGCUGUGAGGAAGCGUUUCCACCGGUGGCAGGAGCAGCACUCGAUCCGAGCCAGGAUGACCCAGGCCAUGUCCAUCCCCACCUCGCCUUCACGGGUCAGCUUCCACAGCAUCAAGCAGUCCACGUCGCUCUGAGAGGAAGAGGAGGGAAAAAAAACAACAGAAAAGAAAAAACUCCAGCUGUCGUCGUCAUCGUUUCCUGCCACAUCACUGGAGUUCACUCAAACACUUUUAUUCUGAGCCGG